UAAGAAGACGGAGAAGGAGAAGAAGAAGGGGAGCGGAAUCGGGUUCUGCUAUGCCGGUGCGCUACGUGGCGACGUGCACCUAGAAGUCGGCAUUACAAUCCGCCAAUGAACACGAAGAAGAAGAAGAAGGUGUCCGAGUUUCAACUAUUUGUGACGCAACGCGUUCGGUAGAGAAGGAGAGCAAGAGACACGGUAGUUACCGCACCUUCGACCAAGGAAAAGCAUGGCAAUGACCGGCCAGAGCUCGUGCUCCUCGAUGAGUAACCACACCAAGGAGCGGGUCACCAUGGCCAAGGUGACUUUGGAGAACUUCUACAGUAACCUCAUCGCACAGCACGAAGAGAGAGAGAUGAGGCAGCAAAAGCUGGAGAAAGUGAUGGAUCAGGAAGGCUUGGCUGAUGAAGAGAAACGCCUCCGCCGUUCUGAGCAUGCGAGAAAAGAGACAGAGUUUCUUCGUUUAAAACGGACUCGACUGGGUCUGGAGGACUUUGAGUCUCUGAAGGUGAUUGGCCGGGGAGCUUUUGGCGAGGUCCGCCUGGUGCAGAAGAAAGACACUGGUCAUGUGUAUGCUAUGAAAAUCCUACGGAAAGCUGACAUGCUGGAGAAAGAACAGGUCGGUCACAUUCGUGCUGAACGAGACAUUCUGGUCGAAGCAGACAGCCUGUGGGUGGUCAAAAUGUUCUACAGCUUUCAGGAUAAGAUGAACCUCUACCUCAUCAUGGAGUUCCUUCCUGGAGGGGACAUGAUGACCCUGCUGAUGAAGAAGGACACUCUGACAGAAGAAGCCACACAGUUCUACAUAGCAGAGACAGUGCUGGCCAUUGACUCCAUUCACCAGCUGGGCUUCAUCCACAGAGACAUCAAACCAGACAACCUGCUGCUGGACUCCAGAGGCCACGUGAAACUCUCGGACUUUGGUUUGUGCACGGGGCUGAAGAGGGCUCAUCGGACCGAGUUCUACAAGAACCUGAACCACAGCUUGCCCAGUGACCUCAGUAAGCAAACCUUCCAGAACAUGAACUCCAAGAGGAAAGCAGAGACAUGGAAGAGGAACAGGAGGCAGCUGGCUUUCUCCACGGUGGGAACGCCAGACUACAUCGCUCCAGAGGUGUUCAUGCAGAACGGAUACAACAAGCUCUGUGAUUGGUGGAGCUUGGGUGUCAUCAUGUAUGAGAUGCUGAUAGGUUACCCUCCCUUCUGCUCGGAAACGCCUCAGGAGACCUACAGGAAGGUGAUGAACUGGCGAGAGACGCUCAUCUUUCCUCCAGAAGUGCCUAUAUCAGACAAGGCCAAAGACCUCAUCCUCCGGUUCUGCUGUGAGGAGGAGCACAGGAUCGGUGCCGUAGGUGUAGAGGAGAUAAAGACUAAUUCUUUCUUUGAGGGAGUGGACUACGACCAUAUCAGAGAGAGACCCGCUGCCAUUCCCAUAAAUAUUAAAAGCAUCGACGACACCUCGAACUUUGAUGAAUUCCCUGAUUCAGAUAUUCUCACACCAACGGCCCCGCAAGUGUGCAAUCAGACGGAGGCCGACCUGAAGAACAAGGACUGGGUCUUCAUCAACUACACCUACAAACGCUUCGAGGGCCUGACGGCUCGAGGAGCGAUACCGUCUUACAUGAAGUCAGGGAAGAGAUAAAACCUUUUUCUGACUUGUCUUUUAACCUGCAUCGUCCCCACGAGACACGGACGAGUUGUUCGGCCCCUCCCCCCUCACCCCCCUCCCCUCCCCAGGCCUGCUAUGUGGGGGAACUCCAUCCCUGUAAAGGAGAACUUGGAUCCAGUUUUAUUGUAACCUGAGGGAUGAGGAGUCCGCAUCACGUGGCACUGUAAAUAAUAAAAAGGGGGGCUCCUUUUCAUUCCUCGCUUCCCAUAGGAACUUUUCACUCGACCAUAGGACCCCCCCUUUGCUCCGUUUCUGAAAGUCUGCUUCAGUUUCAGCUCCAGAGGGUACCUCUCUCCUUCCCACUUUUACACUUGUUUUUUGCGCAAGUGGAUGCUGUUGGAUGUCUUCAGACCUGAUCCCAGAAUCAUUAACAUUCAAUCCUUGUUAAACCAGCACCAGGCGUUUGGACCUACCAAGGGCUCUCCUCCUCCUCCUCCUCCUCCUCCUCUUUCUUUCUUUCUUUCUUCUUCUUCUAAACUGAUUUAUUUUAACUUAUCAACUCAAACACUGCAUUACGUCGUCACUUGAAAAGAAUCAGGUGCUCUUCAGGGAUUCUGUCCAAACCUUUCCUUCGUGGUUUCCUAGCAGAGCUCACCUCCGGACGCUCAGUCUCUUCUAACCAGCGGUGGCUUCCUGAUGAGGUGACCUAACCAAAGAUUAUGAGCUGAAUGUUUUUUGCUUGUUCUCGCAAAUUGCAUCACUUCUUCUUGUAACUUGUACUUUUACAGAUUUGAGAUUUGCUUGAUGGAACGUUUGACUAUAUAUAUGUGGAUAUAUAUAUAUAUAUAUAUAUGGAUGCAUUCUUCUUUUUUUGUUUUGUUUUUUAAUGGAACAAACCCACAGAGUCCAGUGACUCAUUUAUGUUCAGACACCUUGAGCUUCUCGUGAGACGUGUGACGUGGGGGUAGGGUGUAGGGUUGGCCAGACUAUUUUUUUGCUGUAGUUCUGCACCACAGUUCAAACUAUAGUGCGAAACUUAUAUUAAAUGCAAAGUAAUGUCAAACCGAGAGAACCAUAAAUUAAAAACUAGAGCAAACGUUUCUUCAAAAAAAAAAGGAAAAAAAAGGCUUAAAAGGGUUAUUCAGUAAUUAAAUUCGUAUUUAUUGGUGCAGCUCUGCAAAUGUAUACAUCUCAUAGACUUGUUUGGCUACAACUAAAUGUUUAUUUUUUGGAUUAAUCUGUCGACUGGUGGAAUUUGCGUCGAAACAGAACGUGAGAAAAUUGUCUGCAUGAGGUGACGUUAACUGUCUGGAAACCCCCUUUGAAUUUAUUACAGCGCCGUUCGGAGUCUUAUCAGCUCGACACGGCUCAAAUAUUACCUGUUUUUUUUUUUUUUUUUUCCUCUGCCCUAUAUGCAAAAACAAAAAUAAUGAGGGCGCUUCCUUUGCAUGGCCGUCUCCAGGUCCCUCCUCUAAUCUAAUGCAGGGCUCUUGCUGUUGAUCAUGCAGAAAGCUCAGAGUUGGUGCUGAUGCCACUGUCCUGUGAUUAUAUUGAUUUUAUUUUUUAUUUUCUCGGGCUGAAACAACGAACUUCCUGCUAACCUGCAGUUGCCCAGACAGGAAAUAGAACCUGCAGCUACUUUACUGAUCCUCUCAGCCUCGACGACAACCUUCCUCGUCAGUUUUAGAGGAACGUCCCGUUCUUCGUAAAACGUCGCUGUUGUGCCAUAUUCUCUCCGGUUGUUGACUGUCUCCACUGUGUUUCGCGUUACAUCGAAUGCCUUGUCCCAGAAAAAAAAAGAAAAAUAGAAAUAGAAACCAGAGGUCAGCUCAGACGCAGGAAGGUUCGUAUGGUCACAUCCGGUGUGAUCGAUUUCACAUGAGGUGAUGAGAAGCUGAUCGUCGCCCACUUAACAAUACCCACAUAAUGUUCCGCUCUGGAUUUCAGUGGUGUUCCGUAGGUUAGCAUUAAAGGUUUGAGUUAGUUGUACACUUUAAAAUAAAAGAAGAGAGAAACACGGGGGCACAACGUUUUCUAGCAUUUUCCAAUGAACACAAUAUCCUAAAUGCUGUCUUUUAAAAUGAAUGUAAAUUAAGUGCGUUUGUUUGCAGCAGUGAAGCCUAGACCAUACUGUUUUUAACCUUUUUUUUGUUUUUUUGUUUUGUUUUUCCUGACACCAGAUAAAAUUAAAGGAGCAGUAAUUAAGUAAUUAGCAAAAACAAAAAGGACAAAUGAUAAGAGCCAGAGAUCAAACUUGGAGAAAAGCUGAGUCCGAAUGAUAAUUUAUUUUGACCGAUGACUCAGUUUAAAUUUAUAAGAGAGAAAAUUGAUCAUACUUUCAGAUUUACAAAGCAAUAAUUGGCCUUUAUGCAGUUAAGAUAGCACUUUAUUACUGUGACCAACAAUUUCUAUGCCUCCGGAGUCAAAUCUUUUUGUCAUUUUCACCUUUUUUUUUUUUCCUUUUUUAAAAAGAAUAAUCCUUUCCAACCAUUUCUUUCUAACAGUUGAGUCUGAAGGCUUUUCUUCUUGUCUGUAAUAUAGUGUAUGCAAGUAGCGUGUAGAUGAUGCACAACUCAUUCGACGUCAUUUUUAGAAAAGCACACAACCAGGCUUUGUUUUAUUUUAUUUUAUUCUUCUAUAGCAGGGAUCCACUGUUGAAUUAAAAUCUACUGCGAUGCUCCGCGUUUGCAUGUUUUUAAAACCGAACUGCGGACGAUUCUUCUUGAAGCAAUAAGUCACGAUUGCCGCUCGUGUUGCUGAGUGCGUGCGGUUUGAAGCUGUGUGGAUGUGAUGGGUGGAAGCAGUGUAACGGUGGAUUGCUUGAAGAGCUGUAUGCUGAUUUGUACAAUAAAUGCUCAGACACGUGUGCGUGUAUGCGGUGCAUCAUGUACCACGUUUGGUCCAAA